GCAUCAUUCGUACUCGAACAAACCGCAUCGUACAACAGAUGCGAGUAACGAAAUGAAUUUGUGAGUACCGAAUCGGUACUUCGAGUGAACCGAUGUACCCGUUACUCAGUAACGAAUACAUGCGGUUUGCUCCAUCUCUAGUAAUUAUGCUCCAGUGGAAAUGUGAACAUAUAAGCAAUUUUUUUUUUUAUUAUUCAUGGACAGUUUGGGGCGACAUAAGCGUAAUAAAUAUGGCCGGAAAUUUUUGGCAGAGUUCUCAUUUUCAGCAGUGGCUGUUAGACAGGCAAGAUUUGCUUCGAGAACGUCAUCAUGAUCUACAAAUUUUUUCUGAGGAGGAGUAUCAGAAAGUUAUGAUUUUUUUUGCAAACUUUAUUCAAGCUUUAGGAGAACAGCUAAAAGUAAAACAACAAGUAAUUGCAACAGCUACCGUGUAUUUUAAAAGAUUCUUUGUUAGAUGAUCCUGCUAGGAGUAAUGCUGUCAACGCGAAUGCACCUUUUUUCCAAGGGCUCGCCGGGAAUGACGUCACAAUGGCGGAGUUUUUAAUAUUUUUUUCAAACAUUUCAGAAAUUGUUUAUUAAAUAUGUUCCUUUAAGAUAAUAAAAAAAUGAAUUAAAUA